AUGGCACCAGUCAAUAAAAAUAUAGAAGAAGUAGUAGAGGAUAAUAAUAACAAUAGAAAUACAGAAAUCAAAAUAGAUGAAGUAAAAUUCUUCAAAGAUCAACAACAAGAUCAAGAUCAAAAACAAGUAAAAGAUCUAGAUCAAAAUAAUAAUAAUAAUAAUAAUGAUGAUCUUAAUAGAAAUAUAGAAAUUAAAAUAGAUGAAGAGGAAAAAGAACAAUUUGCAAAUACAAAUAACACAAGAAAACUAAACUUUGAUUUAAGCAAAAUAGCCAAAUCAAUCUUUAGCUUUCAGUUUAGUAGUAGUGGUAAUUUAGAAGACAAGUCUAAAGAAGAAUUAGAUUUAGAGAAAGAGAAACAAUUCAAUGAAUUGGUUGAAAUCUUGCAUCAAUCAAUCAAGGACAACAAGAUCAAUCAUUCCUUGUUUACUUUUAUCAUUGAUAAUAGUUGUACUUGGUCAAACAGUGCCGAGAUUGACAAGGAUCUAAUGUCAAUCAAAGCAUUCAUUCAACAUAUUGUUCAAAAUCAUCUGCCAGAGAGUGCUCUCAUUCAAGUGAUUGGUUAUUCCGGCAACAAAGUAGAAUCUUCUACUUUUUAUUGUAAUAACCCUAUUCUCCUAUCUCCAAUCAUUCAUUCAACAAUUAGAUCACAAAAAGUUGCAACAGAUAAUCAUUUAAAAAGAGCUAUUAUACAUGCAAAUCAGAAUAUAGUUAAACUUUUAAUACCUGAAAAGACAAAGUCAUUUGUUUACAUAUUCACAAGACAGGCAUUGUCUGGAUCAUCCUCUAUUCAUAUCGAAUUCCCAGAGUUGACCAUGUUGGAAAAGGAUUCAAACAUUGUAAUCGUGUCCACCAAGAAAUUGGGAGGGUUGGGUGUGUUCAACAACUAUGAAAAGAUUAAAAAGUUUGAACAUAUCGAUCCAACACUAUUGGGUGAACGAUUGGACCAACUCGAUCCCAACAUUACAUCGGGACUAGAGGUUAAACUGGUAAAGACAUCGAUUCAAAAGAGAUCCGAUCCAUUGAGGUUGGAUUGUUGGAUCAAAUCGAAAAAUGAGGAUUUGGAAAGUGGACUAUCAAUUCAUUUCCCACCAAGUAUUCAGUAUAUUUCUGGUGGAUUUGUUACGACAAGACCUAUCAAAGUUGAAGAUCAACAUCCAUAUUAUCAAAAUGUUGAACUUGCCAUUAAUCAACAAACAUCAUCAUCAUUAUCAUCACCAUCAUCACAAUUAUCCUCUUCAUCUUCAUCUUCAUCAUCAUCAUCAUUCAAAAUACCAAAAAGUAUUAAAUAUACAAUCAAAAUUAAUGAUACAAAAGAAGAAAUUAGAUCACAAAAGGUAGAUCCUAGAUGGUAUCUAUUAGAUGUGGUUUCAACGUCUCAUACAAAUUUAUUGGUUGAUGGUUUGGCAGCUAGUGGAAAGAGUAAUUUGGCCAAUAUUAUAUUAAACUUUUUUAUGCAUCCAGCUGCACAUCGCAAACAUCGUAGUGUCGCUACCAAAGUCGAUCCAUCCACACCAACCACUUUGGUCUAUGAAAAAACAAAGUUGAAUAGGUUCCUCUCUGAAGAUCAAACACCAAUCUCUCCAGAAGAGGCAAGUCUCAGAAGCAUUAUCGCUAGCACUGUCAGAAUGUCAGUGUUUGACAAAUGGGCCAUUCCAGAACGACCAGAUCAGAUGGAACUUUUCAACUAUGCCUAUGCAACAAGUGGUCGUUAUCUAGAUGUACCAAUAUACAAAGACGACAUUUUGGAAGAGGGCCUUUUGGAAGACACAUCGGGAAAUCCAGAAACAACCAUAUCGGCCAUCAUUAUCACCUUUUCAUGUAAAUCUAUAAAGAAUGCUACACAUGUCUCUAGUGUCUCUAAAAUCAUAAAAGAAAUACAGGCAACUGAAAGUAAUAUCCAACCACUCUUGGUCGUCACUUUUAUGGAUGAAAUUGAAGACAAAAAAUCAAUCAACAAAAAGCAAUUCAGUGAUAAAUUGGGUGUCCCUGCAGAGAAUAUAUUCUUUGUUGAAGAUGGUUUGUUACCAACUAAAGAAAAUGUUUUAAAACAUAAACAUUUUGUUUUUAAUCUUUUGGCUAGAUUAAAAGAUCUAAAUUAA